GUCGAAAAAAGUAAAACGUAAACGGAAAUAGUGCCGUAAAAUGUCUGACUAUAUGCAGUGUCCGUUUAAUCGGUUGCAUCAAGUUCCGCCCAAGACGUUCGGCAAACACCUUGUUAAAUGCCAACGACAGAACCCGGAAAUUAAGCUCGAACGCUGUCCCCUCAAUUCCUACCACAUGAUGCCGAAGGAAAAGAUUAAAGAACAUCUCCGAACCUGUCCUAGUCGGGGAGAGCUAGAAUUGUACCAGAAGACCGUGUCGACAACCGCUUCGGGCCAGGCGAGCAGCGAAUCGAAUUCCGUACUGGACCUGAUUCUAAACACUCCAUCGGAAGCCGUCGCCUCGGGAUCGCUGCAGGAAGACGAAGAAUGCUGGGAGGAUGAUAAUUGCAAGGCAUACAAUCCGGUAGAGUACUGCAAAAAGCGACAAGAAAACGAUCCCACCUUCAUAGUUCCCGCUCCUUGCAAGCUGAUAGGAUUGAAAAACCCUCAGGGUGAUGAAGUUGAAGGGGAAGAAAGUGCACCACUGAAACGGGAACCGCUUUCGGAAAGUGACACGGAAAGUACCGCAACCUCGACGAUCAACGAAGCGAAAGAUGUGCAACCCAUCAUGGUAAAAAUGGAACCUCACGAUGCACGAAAGGCAGCGGGACCUGCAAGGCGGCAAGAACACAGUUCUCAUCGUGGGACACCGUAUGAUCGAAGCACCAAAAAUGAACAACACGCGAGAGACUCUCAGAAGCAAACUGUCGGCAAAUAUCGAUCCCACGAAUUUGACUAACCCAAACACCGUCCGUAAGAGCAAUCCUUUCGACGGCAUUGAUAGCGAGAGUUGCGAGAAGACAUCCUUACAACUAAGGCGCGAAGUAAAACAUUUUUAAACAAAGGUUGCGAUCGAAGAAUCCUACGAUCCUACCCCCUAGGCAUAUAU